CAGAGACUGAGAGCUAUUAGAACAACAUCAAACGAGAGACUUCUGUCUGUUAGGUGGAGAUGGCCUCCAGAACGUCUCUCUCCGAGGAGGAUUUCUCUUGCCCUGUGUGCUGCGACAUCUUCCGGGACCCUAUCAUACUUCUGUGCAGCCACAGUUUUUGUCGAGUCUGUCUGCAGCAGUUCUGGAAGCAGAAGGGGAUCCGCGAGUGUCCAGUGUGCAGGCGGAGGUCGUCCAGGUCUGCGCCGGCCACUAACCUGGUCUUGAAGAACCUGUGUGAGACCCUCUUGGAGGAGAGGGGUCACAGAGCUUCGGCGGGGCACUCGAAGCCGGAGGCCCACGGCAAGCUUGCGCUGGGAGCCGAGACGCCGUGCAGAAGGUCCUCGGCUGGGCCGGAGGCACUGUGCAGCAUACACAGUGAGAAACUCAAGCUCUUUUGCCUGGAGGACAAGCAGCCUGUGUGUGUGGUAUGCCGCGACUCAAAAAAGCACAAUCAUCAUGCCUUUCAACCUAUUGAUGAGGCAGCUCUGGAUCUCAAGGAGGAGAUUAAGAACAAACUGAAGCCCUUACAGGAGAAUCUUAAGACCUACAGAGAAGCUAAACUGUUGUUUGACCAAACAGCAAAACACAUAAAGUGUCAGGCCAAAGACAUAGAGAAGCAGAUUAAGGAGGAGUUUGAGAGGCUUCAUCAGUUUUUACGCGAUGAGGAGUCGGCCAGAAUGGCUGUACUGAAGGAGGAAGAGGAGUUCAAAAGCCAGAUGAUGAAGAAAAAGACAGAGGAGAUCAGCAAAGAAAUACUAAGUCUCUUAGACAUCAUUAAGGCCAUAGAAAAAGAUAUGGAUGGGGAAGACAUCACAUUCCUUAAGAACUACAGUGACAUAAAGAAGCAAGUCCAGUGGACACACCCCGAUCCAGAGCCAGUCCCAGCAACACUACUCAACAUGGCAAAGUAUCUUGGUAACCUGCGGUUCAGAAUCUGGGAGAAGAUGAAAAACAUAGUUCAGUACAGCCCUGUGACUCUAGACCCAAACACAGCUAACCCGUGCAUCUUCCUCUCUGAGGAUCUGACCGCCAUCAGCUACAAGGACAAAGGCCAGCUGCUCCCCGACAACCCGGAGAGGUUUGACUACUGGGAGUUUGUGCUGGGCUCCGAGGGCUUCGCCUCGGGGAGCCACUGCUGGGAGGUGGAGGUAGGGGACAGCACACUUUGGGCCCUGGGGGUGACCAGCGAGUCCGUGCAGCGCAAGGGCGAGACGCUCUUCAAGAGCGGCGUGUGGGGUGUGGGCUACUACAACGGCGAGUACGGGGCCAGCUCCUCCGUGGAGCCCCCGACUCCGCUCACCGUGACCCCCAAGCUCCAGAGGAUUCGCGUACAGCUCGACUGGGACAAGGGGUCGGUGGCGUUCUCUGACCCUGUCGGGGACACGCCUCUGCACACGUUCACUCACACCUUCAAGGAGAGAGUGUUUCCAUACUUCAGUAAUUACUGCGAGCUUUGUCCCCUGAAGAUCGUGCCAUUGGAUGUUUCUGUAGCAAUGCAGCUACAACGAUAAUGUAGUUUCAUGUAUACUAUCACUGGUAGGUGUGUGACCUUAGUAACUCAUAAACAUUCUAGUAAUAACGUGUUAAUGCCACUAUCACAUUAAUAUAGCCUACUGUAGCUGUUCAUGUCCUUUUUUGUAACAUCUCCGAUUUUGUGGUGUUCUCCAUGUCCAGUUUUGUAACAUCUAGAAUUUGCAGAAGAUUAUAUUUGUACAGAUUAUUACCAUGACAAUCAUGAAAUGUUAAUACUCUUGUGAACUAGAGCAGUUUCAAUCUUUUGUUGACACAAGUGAAAGGUAGUGGUGGCAAUAUGAAAGUUGUACAGAUAAUCACAUAUUACCCAUUUGUUAUAUGAAAGUCAUUAAACAGGUCAAGUAAGAGGACAGAAACAACAUAAAAACGUUGUCACAAGGGGACCAUGGAGGACAAAGACUUGCUUAAUGAAGGUCAAAUUGAUUUGUUUGGCCUUUAAUACUGGCCUUAAAGAGAUGAAAUCAUUAAUUUGAUUUGAAGAUCAUUUCUGUUGUUCUGUUCGGUCAGGGUCUCUGACAUUUUCUGUCUGUAAAAGUGUAAUAAUUGAGCAUCAUUGCUUGCAGUCUACCAGUGAUCAUCACUAGUUUUCAUUAAAAAUCUUUUGUCUUUUGUCACGAU